AUGAACUGUGAAAUGAGAGACGGGUUCGACUUCGGAGCAUCAGCAGUGUCUAGUCAAGUUCGCAGUCUAAUUGAUGGUAACGAAGGACUCGUCCCACUGAACUUCCUACGGCUACACGAGUAUCCCAAAUCUAACGGCCAAAAAUCUCUGAGAAUUCCUAUAUAUACCCGUGAGUUAGACGAUUCCCCUGCCCACAGUCUACCUGGCAAAAAUGAAAGACCUGUAGAAUAUUACGAAAAAUUUGGUUCAUUGUCCUCAAACAGUACAGCCGGUCAGAACCCUGUUCAGUUGAUCCCUGAUCCUGACAAGAGAAGUCACUCGUCCAGUUCAGCCACCGUUCCUCGCGCAUCCGAGACGAAGAAGAAUUCCCAAAAUACGGACGGAAAAUUGGCUAGGAUUUCUCCGCUACGAGGUUCUUUCGUUCGCACUUUGAUCGAGUUUGGCGGAUCCAAUCCGGAUGAACUGACUUUCCAAUCCGGUUCGGUAAUCCGCGUGAUUGGUCGGGCCCCGGUACCGCCUACAAGCGAUCGCACGCAAACGGACGAAAAUGGAUUUCGUUCCAGUCCUGAUUGUGCAGAACGUCUGAAUGCUGCCUCCAUAUCUACAACCAACGUGGAUGAUGGUUGGUGGGAAGGGGAGUUGAUCACUCCAUCAACUGAAACACCUGCUUCAAAUCAAACUUUUAAGCGUGUCCGAGGAGUGUUUCCAUCGAUGCUGGUGCAAUUGAUGUCUCAAACAGAUGGAGAAUUUUGGGAACAGAUUUGGGAACGUGCAAUUCCAGUUCCAAACAAUUCCAUUUCAAACGCAUCACUGGACCGAAAUCAUUUGAGUGACAAAUCUCCGCGAAGUAAACGACCCGUGAAAUCCACCAAACAGAAUUCGACAACGGAAUCACGUGAUGACUCGUCUGGACCGCGAACCAAAUCGACGGAGAACCAUGCACAAUCAGAUGAAGAUUAUAUUCAGUGGAGUGCACACACGGUUCCCAAGGGCCGGUCGUCGAGUCGGAUGGACGUACCAAAUCAGCUGAAUUCGAAUGCGUUGCACACAAGCAAUGCCAUCACCACCACCGCAUCCGGUGCGGUGUAUCACAAAUCGCAGGAAGAGGAAGAGUUUUAUACAAUUUUGUUAUGCUAUGCCAUUGUUACCUACACGCAUCAUUAA